CCAACAUUCCGCCCCCACGUAAAAAAUCGCGUCCACCGUCCAGCGUCUCCACCGUGCCCCUACACCGUGCCCCACCGCCAAGCUCACCUCACCUCUCUACCACCCGCACCCGCACCACUCCACGACCACAGCAAAAUGAAGCUCCUAACAACCAACUACCUAACCUGCGCGAUCAAGGCCUGCCGCACCUCGCCGCUAUCGUUCCCGCUGCACUUCAAGGAUGCCGAGCUAGUGCAGGAAACGCUCGAGGCGAACCCGACGUUCAUCCGCAACAUCCUGCCGCGGAUCGAGUGGCCUGCGCUGGUGACUACUGCUACCGAGCUCGGCUUCACGACGUUGCCGCCCACGAAGCCCGAGGGGGACGAGUUGACGGAUGAGCUGGUCGCGGAACUGCACACGCUGCUUGUGGAGACGCAGGUUAUUAGUGGGAAGUUGGUGUGCGGCGCUUGCGGGCAUGAGUACAACAUCCACGAGGGCAUCGCGAAUUUUUUGUUGCCAAAUCAUUUGGUCUAGGAGUAGGAAUAAAAAACGUUUACUGUGACAAUUUCACGAACUGCUAUAUGCACGCACACGCAUGCGCGAUUA